GUGACACGUAAACAUCGCAGGAACCAAAAGCAGAACGCAACAUCAUCAACAUCACAGAGGUAGAGAGUAAGACGCCGGCAAUGUCCGCUGUGAGAGUUCAAGUUUCGGCGUGUGCGGUUUCCGCCACCGUCAACCACCUUCGCCUCCGCCAAAACGCCGUCGUUUCCUUCAGGAAGAAGAAGCCUCUCACUCUCAGAGUGGUCUCAAUGUCUUCCGUUCCUCCUUCCCAACCCUUCGAAAUCGCCGUUAAAGCUUCCGUCACCACACCCAACAGGCUCGGCGACUGCCCUUUUUGCCAAAGGGUGCUGCUGACACUGGAGGAAAAACAUCUACCUUAUGACCCCAAGUUGGUGGAUUUGACCAACAAGCCAGAAUGGUUCCUUAAAGUCAACCCUGAUGGUAAAGUUCCUGUCAUAAAGUUUGAUGAGAAGUGGGUUCCUGAUUCAGAUGUUAUUACUCAAACAUUGGAAGAGAAGUAUCCCAGCCCACCAUUGGUGACCCCACCUGAAAGGGCCACAGCGGGGUCAAAGAUCUUUUCUACAUUUAUUGGAUUUCUCAAGAGCAAGGAUCCCAAUGAUGGAACAGAGCAAGCAUUACUAAGUGAACUGAGCUCUUUCAAUGAUUACAUCAAGGAAAAUGGUCCUUUCAUCAACGGUAGUGAGAUAUCUGCAGCUGACCUAUCACUUGGACCAAAGCUAUACCAUUUGGAGAUUGCUUUGGGGCAUUAUAAGAAAUGGACAGUGCCUGAUUCACUUACCUCUUUGAAGUCUUAUAUGAAGGCCAUUUUCUCGAGGGAAUCGUUCGUUAAAACAAGUGCACAACCACAGGAUGUCAUUGAAGGUUGGCGUCCUAAAGUGGAAGGCUAAUAUUCACUGAUCACGCACUAUCAUUUCUAUGAGACUCUGAGGACUAUACCCCAACAAAUAGCAAUCCAUCAAGAGUUCUAGACCUAUAUCGUUUUGUAUUAUCUAACCUUAUUUAUUUAUUCACUAUGCACUAUGGAAUAAUUAUUUAUUAAGAAUAGUUGUUGGCCUCAGAUUGUAACAUGUUUGAUAGGGAGGCCACAAGACUUGCAUUGCAUGUAGAUGAAAAUAGUUGCAUUCCCAAAAAUAAAUAAGAAUUACAUUCCUUAUUUUGCUUAAGCAAGUGAUGCACUAUCUAAAGAAUAA